AUGGGCAUGUCAGAGAACGGCCAUGCCUCGGAUGGCGUGAAUAAGACAAAUGGAUGCAAUGAACCCAGAAAGAAAUCUAAGUCGAAUUUUCGAUGGCUGUUUGGGGUCGUGGUGCGACUCUUCAUUUGGUAUGCGUUGCUUACACCAUUCUUCCGUUGCCCGUCUCAAUUAUUGGACUUGAAUGAAUCGUCGCCGCGUGUGUGCGAGCCAUAUCUUGUGGUCCGCUCCCAUAUCGAACCUCAUGUUCUUCCGUACUACCAUCUCUAUGCCGCAUCUUACGUGGAUUCUGCCCGCCCCUACGUUACAUUGCUCAAUGAUCAGGUCUAUUCUCCGGUCGCGACAUACGCUAAGCAGGGCUAUGAUAAAUAUGGGGCCCCCGCAUGGGACCAAGCCCAGGCUUACGGCCAAGAACAUUGGGAGGCGCAGGUUGCUCCGCGCUUGCAGUAUGCUCAGGACAGUAUCAGCGGAGUCUAUAAGUCGGAAGUAGACCCAUAUGUUCAACGCGCCAUGCUAGUGAUGUCGCCCUACUACGAGAAGGCCAGCACUGUAGCCAUCUCGACGUAUAAGGAGUAUGUCGCGCCACUCUAUACGCAGACCCGUCCGAUCAUUGGCAAAACCUAUGCUUCUGGACAGGAGAUUCUCACGACGACUGUGAUACCGCAUGCUCGGGAUUCGUGGUCGACCGUGGUUUACUUUGUCAACAGCGAGUUGUGGCCCAAGGUCACCGGCCUUUACUCGGAGAACGUCGAGCCUCAGCUAGUAAAAAUUGGUCAAAGAUUGGCAAGCUAUAGAGAGGGGAAAAUUCUUCGAGCGUCUGUAGACGAUGUCGACAGUACUUUUGAGGAAGCAGCUCACGCUACUACACCUGCUUCAGCGGACUCGAGCGCUACUUCUGGUGCCGCAUCGACUUCUACCACAGAAACAUCAGCACAGACUCCGUUGUCUCCUACGGAACAGAUCGCACAUGCCCGUGAGAAGGUUGCAUCAGACCUUCAAGUAUGGCAAGAGAAGUUUUCUAUUGCGGCUGAAAGGGGUGCUGAAGAACUAAAGGAUCAUGUGGAGGACAUAGUUGAAAGUCAUAUUGCAAGCGGGGCUAAGAGUCAUGGCGAAAGUCUUGCAGUUGCCCUCGAUACGGUUGUCGCGGAUGAACUGGCUACGGUUAAGUCACGUAUCAACAGACUAGCCGAGUCGCUCCCCUAUGAAGACCUCCCCGAAGAUGAACGUAAAGCGAAUGAUGAACUUUUGAAAGAGAUCAGACGUGCCGCAAUCGGCAUCCGUGAACGUGCUCAAGCCAUAAGAGAGUGGCACCAUUCAUUUGACGAAGAACUGGUGUUUCAUGUUUCGAUUGCAAUCAAUUCCACACUAGAUAUUCUAGACAACGUCCGUGACUUGGGCUUGCAGGAAAUUGGGAUGCGAUGGGCUUGGAUGGACGGUGUUACCUACAAAGAUUGGGCCAAAUACCGUUCUCUGAAAGCGCAGUUUGAUGACUGGAGGAGCGACGUCAGUCGAGUUGCAUUGGAGCAUCCAAAGCUCGAGGAAGCCACAAACAUGGCGAACGGACUGUUGACCCACGGAAUGGAGAUCGCUGAAACUACCGCGAAAGAACUAGCUCGGCUUAAGGAUGUUGGAAAAUGGAAAAUUGCAGCUCGAGAGUCGAGUGACAACUUUGACACCCGGUCUGGGUCCCCACCUGUUCUACCCAAGCCUGGGGAGAUGUCUGAUUCGCCUGCGGACGAGGAAGGCUCUGACGCUUCUUUGGAAUCUCAUGAAGCUCACGAUGCUAUGGACCCCACCCCAUCCCCUGAGAGCGUCAAUGUAUAUGCUGGCGAGCAUGAACUAGGUGAUGACGAGCAGACUCUAGCAAUGGACCAGGACUCCUAUGUGGAUGAUGGAUUGCCAGUUGAUCAGGAUGAGUCUAUACGCACGGAAUCGAGCCCGGUUCGAUCAAAUUCGGGCUGGGGUGUAGCUGCAGCUGAAGUCCCGGAGCGGUCGCCCAUGCAACAUGACGUCCCUGACGACGAUAGCCAGGAACGGUUUACCGACCACCCUCUUGAUUACAUCUCUUCCGUGGGCUCGUCCAGGUUGAGCGAAGGAUUGAGUAAGGCUUCAGAACAGCUGGCACAAGUUCAGGCGACGGUGCCUCCAAAGGAUACUACAGGUCAAAAUCCGAUCAUUCUUGACGCACAGCGUCGUUACUACGAAGCCGUUGGACUCGCACAUGAUCAUUAUUCUGCUUUUGUCUCCACGGCUUCCGACGCAGUCUAUGCCUCCCCGGCACCUACGCCAACUCCUGGAACCUUCCACGGGCUUAUUGAGGAUGCGAGAUCCGGCUACAGCCAAGCAUCCUCCUUGGCCUCUGCAAGCCUGGCUGCCGUGGUAUCUUCUGCUAGCUCUGCAGUCAGUCCCACGGAUUCAGGUAAAGCACAGGGAAUAGUAGACGAUGCAUCUUCGCGGUAUAACGCGGCAAUCUCUGCUGCUUCGGCUUCCCUAUCCUUGGCUUCAGCUUCUGGCAGUUCCGCUAUAUACGGAACAUCAACCGGCGAAGUUGAGGCACUAGCUAGUAAAGCAUCAGAAAAUUGGGAGGGUGUUGUUUCGAAAGCCAGCGAGCGGGUCUAUGGCAUCGGAGCGCCUUAUACGCAGCAAGUGCAGGAACAUAUCACUCCUAAGUAUCAAGCUGUGGAGGAGUUGGUCUCUGAACUACUUAUUGGCAGGGAGCCGGACUUUACGCACAAAGUUAUUGACAGAUUGCACUCUAUUUAUGAGACGCCAUACCCAGCUUCCGCGUUGUCAUCAGCAUCCAGCUAUGCCAACGAUGCCUACAAGUCAGCCGUUACAAAUCUUCCUUCGGUUGAAGAUAUUCUGGGAACCGCCAACAAGCAAUUUGACAAUGCAGUUGAGGUUGCCAGUGUUCAAAUUUACGGAACUCCCAAGGGUACCGUGGAGCAAGCCACCUCCGCAGCUGGCAGCGCGUAUGCAUCCGCAUCAAACCAGGUUAGCGGUAUGGUUUAUGGCCAAGAGUCGGGCUACCUUGAUGUCGCCCACGGCGCAAUUGACGAGGCAUAUUCUUCUGCCGGUUCAGCUAUCAGCAACGCCGUCUACGCUUCCCCAACACCCAGCUCGCCUGUCGAAGCUGCAUAUGAUUCUGUCACCUCUGCUGUCAAAGCGCAGGAAGAGGCCCUUGAAAGCGCCACCAGUAAGCUUGGGAUCGCUGUUGAAAGCGCCCAGGCUCGACUUAUUAAUCUUGCUUCCAGUGCUAGCAACUUGGGCUCCGAAGCAGUUGAGACAGUCGCGUCCCAGGUGGAAGCUUUUACCGAGAGCGUGAAGAGCUCGCCAUCCGUUAAGGAUGAACUAUAA